UGCCUGCGCCAGUAUUUCGCGAGCUUUCUGCGUGUUCUGUUCGUUUUCUCAGUUUCGUCCGGUUCUGUUCGAGAGGGAGGUAGCCGCUGCCGCCGCCACUGCAGACGCGAGGUUCGUCGAACGAGAAACGCCGCGAAACAAAAGUGCCUUUUUCUUUCUUAUCGCCGCGCACUAGAAGAUUCCCCUUUCAGGAUGGCGGACGACAAUCAUGAGAACGGCACUAGCAACGGCGACGUGCCCGAGAUCGAGCUGAUCAUCAAGGCGUCGACGAUUGACGGCCGUCGAAAAGGUGCUUGUCUUUUCUGCCAGGAGUACUUCAUGGAUCUGUACCUGCUAGCGGAGCUGAAAACCAUUUCCUUGAAAGUGACUACCGUAGACAUGCAGAAACCGCCGCCUGAUUUCCGUACCAAUUUCCAGGCGACGCCGCCGCCUAUUCUGAUCGACAACGGCGACGCAAUAUUGGAAAACGAAAAGAUCGAACGACACAUCAUGAAAAAUAUCCCCGGCGGACAUAAUCUGUUUGUACAGGAUAAGGAAGUAGCCACUCUCGUGGAGAACUUGUUCAGCAAACUUAAGCUGUUGCUGCUAAACGCGAAAGACAAGGACAAGGAUCCUAAAACGUCGUCACUGAUGGCGCAUCUGCGCAAGAUUGACGAGCACUUGGGCCGCAAGGGAACGCGCUUCCUCACCGGCGACACCAUGUGCUGCUUCGACUGCGAACUGAUGCCGCGGCUGCAGCACAUUAGGGUGGCCGGCAAAUACUUUGCCGAUUUCGAAAUACCGGAAACUCUGGUCCACUUGUGGCGGUAUAUGCACCAUAUGUACAGGCUCGAUGCUUUCUUACAGAGUUGCCCGGCCGAUCAGGACAUUAUUAAUCACUACAAAUUGCAACAGAGUAUGAAGAUGAAGAAACACGAGGAGCUGGAGACGCCGACCUUCACCACUAGUAUCCCGAUCGAGGUCAACGAUGAUUAAGAAAUGGACCUUCUUUUUUGAGUCCACGUGAUCGCGUGACUUCGAUUAGACAUCGAAAUCGGCCUACGGCAAAUUACCGCGACAGAGUUUUAACGGCGUGUAUUUUGUAAUUUAAUAUUUACCGUUAAUAUUAAAAAUACAACGCAGGGAACCGAUUCGUUGAAACUCCCGUCUUUUUAGCUGCCAGCGAUCGUGCCGUCGACGCGUCACUAGUUCAUUAUCUUACUGCUACGCAAAUCAUUGCUGAAUCGUUGUCCAAUCCCUUUCUCGAGGGAUCAAGUCAGAUGUAAACAGAUUAGCUUUUUUACUGCAAUCGACGCAAAAACAUGUGUAAGUGCAUCAGGACUUUUGUAGAAAGUCUUAACAUUCUAGAUUCUAUCGAUAUUUUCUCCAUUUUCCUUCUUCGUCUUUUUCUUUCUUUUCUUUAUUUUUUUCCUUACUACGUAAGUCACGCGUAGUUUUUGACCUGAGUAGUUUAGCAGAUUUUAAUUUGCUAUAUAUAAUUGUUAAUUCAAAAGUUAAGUUUAUAUCAGGAAGGAUCAUUGUCCUUCGAUGACGAAGAUCAUGGAAACUAACAUUGAAAGUGCAAAAGAAACGUAUGCUUUUUAAUUAAAUUGCCGUUGCAAUUUUAAUAAAAAUAAUUUCUUUAAUUAAAACAUGUAUUCCUACAUAUUUUUGUCUUACGUAAAGUAAUAAAACAUGAAACUGAAAGUAAUGAAAUAAAACGUUUGAUAAUAUAUUUCGAUAUUAAGCUUUAAAUU